AUUCCUUUUGUAUAUUUGGUUGGAAUGGAGCAGAAUUCUAGCAUCCGUCUUAUAUGGUCAUUGCAUUUGACCGGGUAUGCAUUGGCUGCCGAUAAUUAUCAAGUACCCAUGGGUAUACUCUACCCAAUACUCACUUAAUCAGUAGGAAAUCUCCCAGAUAUACAAACUUGUCAAAAAGCAGUAUGAGCAACGACUUAUUUGACGGACAGAUAUUAGCAGAAAAGUUGUUGAAACUCAACAAUUCACAACAAAGCAUUGAAUCACUGUCCCGUUGGUGCAUUCCUCAUCAGACGAGAGCAAAAGAUAUAGUUGAAAUAUGGGAUAAAUUGUUCAAUGCAUCCCAGAAAGAGCAGCGUGUCUCUUUUUUAAACUUGGCCAAUGACAUCUUGCAAAAUAGUAGGCGGAAAGGUAGUGAGUUUGUCAAUGAAUUUUGGAAAGUUCUUCCAGCAGCUCUCAGGCAUGUUUAUGAAAGUGGUGAUGUACAUGGAAGGAAAGCAGUGAACAGACUUAUUGAUAUAUGGGAGGAGAGGAAGGUUUUUGGUUCGCGAAGUCAGGGUCUUAAGGAUGAACUGAUGGGUAAGAAUCCCCUUCCAAGCUCUGCAAGCAAUGGAAAAGGUUCAGAUUCUAUCAAGAUAUUGAAGAGGGACGCCCACUCAGUGAGAAUAAAACUGGCUGUUGGAUGUUUGCCAGAAAAAAUAUUAACAGCAUUUCAUUCUGUUCUUGAUGAACAUCUUAAUGAGGAAGCUGCCUUGAAUAUGUGUAAUGCUGGUGUACAUGGUGUGGUUAAACUCUUGGAAGAUGUUGAGAAUACAUUGGCUCAAGGGAACCAGCUGGGAUCCACUUUGGUGAAUGAUUUGCAUGAAAGGGAAAUGGAGCUUAAACAAUAUAUGGAGCAACUUGAAAAUGCCGAGGCUGCCAGGGCUUCUUUGCUUUCUCAGCUUAAAGAUGCACUGCAGGAACAAGAAUCAAGGCAAGAGCAUGUUCGCACUCAGUUGCUAGUUGUACGAGGCCAGAUUGAGAAAACAGCCGGUAUCAGGAAGUGGUUUAAGCAAACAACAGAUGCCACACAUCCAUCAGUUCAACUAAACAGCACUGCGUCUCAGCCUACUUUUAUGCAGCCUCCUAUGUCAUUUUCUCCUUUCCAAACUACCGAAGAAGAUAACAAGAAGGCAGCAGCUGCUGCUGUUGCUGCUAAGCUCGCUGCCUCUUCAUCGUCUGCUCAGAUGCUUGCAUCUGUUCUUUCUUCUCUAGUAGCCGAAGAAGCUGCCUCCAUGAAUGGUACCUUAAAUUCCAAGGGAUUUACAUCAGCAUUACCUACUUUCAAUCCAGAGAAAAGACCCAGAAUUGAAAAAUCAUCGCCUGUUACUGAUGUUAACAGUUCUGAUAUGGCGAGCUCUUCCUUUUUUGCCACUUUACAACAGCCAUCGUUAACAAAUCCGCAGCUUGCACCGUCAGCCAACAUGCAAACCAUGUCUCAAGCCAACAAUCAAUUACAAGCUGCAUUUGCUUCAGCACCCCUUCCCCCUCAGUAUGUCCAAUCAACUGGUUUCAUGGAUGGAGGAAUUCCUUAUGGGUACGUAUCAAAUAACCUACCACCUCCACCUCCACCUCCUUUUCCUCCACAUGCUGCAAUAGGGUUAUCAAUGCCACCAGCACACCAGCAACAGCAGUCAUCACCAGGAGGAUUUUAUAGGCCACCUGGCAUUGGGUUUUAUGGGCAGUGAGCUUUGUUCAAAGACAAUCAGCCAACAUUGCGGCAAAAUCUUUGUAGCUUGUUCCUCUGGGAAUUUGCUGUAGGCUGAGGAUUUUCCCGAGGUUGUAUAAUGAUGUAAAUUACUAGAUAUAUAAAUUUGGCUAGAGUUCAUUUGUAUCCUUAAACAUCCCCUACUUUUUUAAUUUGCGUACAACCUAAAUGCUGGGACCUGGGUGGUAGGCUUUUGACAUCAUAGAGGUACUUGAGAUCUACUUCACCAGUGCAACUACUGUUGGAAAGAAAGUACCUAGUGGGGCCUUUACUAUUUUUUAUGAAACAUCACAACGCCCUUGUUGAUUGCCCAUAGUCGACAAUUCCACACAUUUAUGCAGUCAGUAUGUCGACAGCCUUGGAUCGAUAUCAGACAGCCUAGAUUUAAAUGUAGAUUUUGUUUAUUUUAUUAAAUUGAAAUAUCGAGUUUGAAAUCUGAAUUGUUUGAUCUUUAUUCAACAGCCACCAAUGUAUUGGCUACAUGAGUGCGUGGAUUGCCAACUUUUAGCAAUCCAAAUCCGUAUAUAAACACUUGUUUCCAUGAA